AUGGUCAAGAAAGUGGCCUUCAUUACCGGCGGUGCCAGCGGAAUGGGCCUUGCUGUUGCACAAAGCCUCGCCUCUCGAAGUAACGAAGACUGGGAUCUUCACCUCGUGGAUCUCAAUGCCGAAGCUCUCAAGAAAGCCACGUCUCUCGUGAAGAAUGCGUACUCGCAUCAGACGAAUGUGACCGACUACGCGUCUUUGACAUCAGCAUUCGAAUCAGCAUGGUCAUCAUCUGGCCGCUUCGACUUUGUCUUUGCAAAUGCUGGCAUUGUCGAGAGAGAUAACUUUUAUGAAGAACAUCCUCUUGACGCGCCUCCGCCCCCGCCUAACAGCCUCGUGGUCGAUAUCAACUACAAAGCGGUGAUUAACACAUCGUGGCUUGCGCUUCACUACUUCCGCAAAUCGCUAGCCAAGCAUGGCAAAGAGACUAGUGACCCGGUCCUUGUCAUGACUGCCAGCUGCGGAGGACUCUACCCAUCGGAGUUUUGUCCCAUGUACUCGGGCAGCAAGGCCGCAGUGAUACACUUCAAUCGCGCCAUCACUGUCGCAUACCACCACGCUGGUGUCAGGACGUUUGCGACCUGCCCAGGGACGGUUCAGACCGGACUUUUGAGCACGGAGGAAUGGAAGUCGUUCCCAGAGAGUUUCUUCACGCCCAUGGAGACAGUAGUGGCAUACUGUGGUCAAGCUGGUGGAUGCAAGGGACGAAAGGUUCAGGCCAAAGACAACUGGGGACUGGCCGUGGAAAUCAAUGGCAAGAACAUGUACAUCCGGGAUGGCGCAGAGUACUGUGACGAGAACAUGAAGACGAUGAUGAAGGCUACAUCCAUGGCAGUGCAGCUGGAAAGGAUCGAAAAGACCAAGACUAAAGGCGAACACACUCCAUGGGGAGGGAACGUUGACGUUUAG